AUGGAGGGUUUGAUUAUGAAUCAUGAAAUGAAGCCGCUAUCUAAGUUCAGGAGGAUUUGUGUGUUCUGUGGUAGUAGUCAAGGCAAGAAGAGAAGCUACCAGGAUUCCGCCAUUGAACUUGGCAAGGAAUUGGUUUCAAGGAACAUUGAUCUGGUCUACGGUGGGGGCAGCAUUGGCCUGAUGGGUUUAGUUUCACAAGCUGUUCAUGAUGGCGGUCGGCAUGUCAUUGGAGUUAUACCCAAGACACUCAUGCCUCGAGAGUUGACUGGUGAAACUGUAGGGGAGGUGAAGGCAGUGGCAGAUAUGCAUCAAAGGAAGGCAGAGAUGGCAAAGCAUUCAGAUGCUUUUAUUGCCUUGCCAGGUGGCUAUGGGACUCUAGAAGAACUACUUGAAGUCAUAACCUGGGCUCAACUGGGAAUUCAUGACAAGCCAGUGGGACUGUUGAAUGUUGAUGGAUAUUACAAUUCACUACUGUCAUUUAUUGAUAAAGCUGUCGAGGAAGGAUUUGUCAGUCCAAGUGCACGCCAAAUUAUCGUAUCAGCGCCAACGGCGAAGGAGUUAAUGAAGAAGUUAGAGGAGUAUGUGCCUUGCCAUGAAAGAGUUGCUUCACAGCUGAGUUGGGAGAUAGAGCAGCUUGGUUA